AUGGCCCCGCUGUGCCCACUGCUGCUGGCACUGGCCCUGGUGGCCAUCCCCGGUGUCCGAGGCGCCUGCCCGGCAGCUGCUGACCUGAAGAACCCCGAUGGGACACGGACGUGCGCCAAGGUCUAUGACAAGAGCGACCCAUAUUAUGAGAACUGCUGCCAAGGUGCGGAGCUGUCCAUAGGGCCAGACACCGACCUGCCCUUCCUGCCCUAUGACUGGAGGAACGUCAUCUCCUCACUUGUGGUGGCCCCCCGCUGUGAGCUCACGGUGUGGUCCCGAAGAGGCAAGGGUGGCAAAACUCGCAAGUUCAAGUCAGGCACCUACCCGCGCCUUGAAGAGUACCGCAGGGGCAUCUUUGGCCACUGGUCCAACGCCAUCGCCUCCAUCUACUGCAGGUGCCCUCCUGUUCCCGUUCCAGUGCGCACAUCCGCUUCCACAGCACAGAACCCAGCCCCACCACCACCCGACCUUCAGUUUGCCCAGACCCCUGAGUCCCUGACCCAAACUGUGAAUCCCUAG